CCAUGGCCGACGAAGUCGUCGUGCUGGCCGUCGGCGCCUUCCAGCUCUGGCUGAGCCCGUUCGCCAAGGUCGAAGAGAGCUUCAACCUCCAGGCGAUCCACGACCUCCUCUACGAGCGCAACAUCACGCGCUACGACCAUUUCGAGUUCCCAGGCGUCGUGCCACGGACCUUUCUCGGCGCGCUGCCCGUCGCCAUGGUCGCCGCGCCGGCCUCGCUCCUGCUCUCCAAGGCGUCGAUGCAAGUCGCCGCCCGCGCAUCCUUAUGGCUGCUCUCGUUUGGUGCGUGGCGGACGCUCAAGCGCACGAUCGGCAGCGUCUUUGGCUCGGACACCGCGGUCGCCUACAGCCUCGUGACCGCCGUCCAGUUCCACUUGGUGUUCUACAUGAGCCGCACGCUGCCCAACAUCUUUGCGCUUAUCUUGGUCCUGCUCGCGUACGCGGCGUGGAUGCAGCACCAGCCUCGCCGCGUCAUCGUGCUGCUCAGCAUCUCGACCAUCAUCUUUCGAGGUGACACAGCCGUGCUCUUCGCCCCGAUCUUGCUCACGCUGCUAUUCGCGCGCCAUGUGGGGUUUGUCGAGAUGGUUGCGACCGGCGUGACGGCUGCGCUGAGCGCGUUGGCACUGACCGUCGGCGUGGACUCGGCCUUUUGGCAGCGCUGGCUCUGGCCCGAGGGCGAGGUGCUCUACUUCAACACGAUCCUCAACAAGAGCCACGAGUGGGGCACGCACCCGUUCCAUUGGUACUUUACGUCGGCGCUGCCCCGCAUCCUCGGAGCGUCUGCGCUCUUGCUGCCGCUGGGCCUCACGUCGCUUGGGUCCAUCCUUCCACAUCUCUCCACGGUGCGGCUGGCGCAGCUCCGAUCCGCCAACUGGUUGGACCGCGACGUCUGCUACUACGUGCUGCCGGUGGUUUUGUACAUGCUGCUCUUUUCAAUCCUGCCCCACAAGGAGCUUCGGUUCAUUCUGAACGCAGUGCCGAUGCUCAAUCUGGCCUCUGCUGUCGGUGUCGCCAAACUCUGGCGCGGCCGGCACAAGGCCGCAUGGCCCUUGCUGUGUGUCGUGCUAAGUCUUGCCAUCACGGCGCUGUGCUCGGUGGUCUUUACGCUCGCGUCGCAUGCCAACUACCCGGGCGGCGUCGCAUUUGCAAAGCUGCACGCGCUCCAACAUGCGCGCGCGGCGGAGCCGGUGCACGUGCACAUUGACGUGGCGGCGGCCAUGACGGGCGUCUCCCGCUUUGGCGAGCAGUAUUCUGCGUGGACGUACAGCAAGGCGGAAGACGUGACCGACUUUAGCGCGUUUGAUUACUUGGUGACGGAGACGCUGGCGCGAGAGGGCUUUUCCUCGAUCGCGGUGGUCGAGAUCUUUGAUCGCAUUGACGUCCGCCGUCUCCAGCUGGUGCAUCGUCCGUACAUUUACGUCCUUGCCCGCGACGCUGCGUCGCCGGAAGCGUAAAUAUCGCUGUUCCACCCAAGAACGUUGCCUAGCGCUAGCGUUAUGCAAUGAACCAGCAACACGCACAUCAUGAUGGG